AAAAUGUUAAGCAACCAUCAAGAAGACAUUGAUAAGCAAAAUAAAGAGUUAGAUGAGAGGUUUAACCGGAGACAAGUUGGCAAAGUUUAUAAAGCAUUCUAUGAUAAGUUGAAGGACUCAUACACUGAAAAUAAGUUUCAACAAGGAGUGACCAUGUACUGUGCUCAAAAAUGCUUGUAUGAAUUCACCAAAGACGGUCUGAAUCCAAGAGAAGACAACUGUCUUAAUGCUUGAUAUAACAAAGGAAUAAGGAUGUCAAUACUCAUGAAUACUCUCUAUGUCAAAGGAAAACAAGGGAAAUUCACUAAAAGUGAUGAUGACGAAGACGAUUCGACAAGUGAUGAGCAUGUCAAGACCAUUGAAGCAGUCAAAAAUACCCUUAAGUCUGUCAAUAAACCCAGAAGAUAAAAUAUUAAUC